AUGGCUGUUCAACAACUUACUAAUAACGAAUCCGAGCCCACUAAUGAAAGCUCUUCAGAAAAUGUAGCAAACCCCUUCGAAUCUUACUAUUCUGAAGCUUAUUGUCCAGAAAAUUCCGCAGAAGAUCAAUUUCAAUAUUAUGAAAACGAUUAUUCUCAAGAAAAUUUUCAGUCAACUCCUCAUCAACAAUCCCCAGAAUAG